AUGACUUCGAGGCUUGCUCCUCACAUUCAGCCUCCUCUCUUCAAGCCCAAGCAUGUAACUUCCACUUCUCACAAUGCCGCCGAAAUUCAAUCUCAAUGCAAAAACGGUAACGGCGCCUCUGGCAGCCUUCACAAUGGCCACCCUCCUCUUCGUCUACUCCCGCACCUCAAUCCAAGCCGCGAAGCGCAAUGCACAGAAGCACAGAGAAGCAGAUGGCGGGCAGAUUAACUGGCAUAAUGAGAGUUUGAGACGGCAUGGGAAGUUGGAGAGCCCGGUUGAGGAGGGAACGGUGGGACAGUUGGUCGGGACGUUGCAGGAGGGCCGGGAUAGGAGGGGACGAGUGGUGGAGGGGGAGAAGGGGGAGGUUGUGGAGACGGAGGCAGAGAGGAGGGUUCGGGAACGAGCUUCGAGAGGGAAGGGCUGAUGUAGGUUGAGGAGGGGAGGAUCAAGUUGCAUUGGGCAGAGUCUGUGACUAUGAAGUAACCAUGGGAAACUUCCAAGGGUGUUCCUACAAGGUGUGCCAGCCCGGAACAUUAAGAGUAGGAUUUAAAUCUGAGCAUCCUAGCUCGACCAGGUGUGGAAAGUUCGUACGGACUUUCCUUCCAACUAGGGAACACUCCGCGAACACUUGUUUGGGGAGAUUGUUGUCUAGUGUAGAGCACUGAGGUGAGACUUGAAAGAAUCCAGAAGAAAUGGAGAGAAUGGUGUGUAGGGCUUUCGAAUGUUCCUAGUUGGAUUGGACAAUGAGGGAGUUGAACUGUCCUUCCUCAGAUCUUCUCCCUCCUCAGGACAAUUCUCCAUAAGUCAUUUACAAAGAUCGAUUAUUUCC